AUGGAUUCUGCGCCUCAAACUAAUUAUUCUGCAAUAUUUUUCGCUUCUAUUCAGUCAAGUAGCGAAGUGUUGAUUGUAUGCAUAGCUGGAUAUAUGGCUGCAAAAUAUGGAAUAAUAACAGAAAAUUCACAAAAGAAUCUCUCACAAUUAAUAAUAAAAAUUCUUAUGCCAUGUCUUUUAUUUUCCGAGAUUGGACCAGUCAUAAAUAUCAACAAAUUAAUAACGCUUUGGCCUUUACCAACAUUUAAUUUAAUAUUUACAAUAAUUAGUGCACUAUUUGGAAUAUUUGGAGGUAAAAUGAUAUUAAGUUUAUCAACGGCGGAUACCAAAUUCGUUAUGACGGGAAUAAUGUUUAAUAAUAUAGCAUCCUUAUUAAUGGGAUUAUUAAGAGGUAUGGAAAAUACCAGUGCAAUGGGAUUAUUAUUUAAAGAUGCUGAUGAUACACCGAAAGCAUCAAUUAAACGAGGAGAAUCUUAUGUAUUAUUAGCUGUCCUUUUUAAUACUCUUUUACGGUAA